AUGUCUGCUGAAAGUAAUCAGUCAUCAGGAGAGUCAUCAUCUCUUCAGCCUUCUACCACUUCCCAACAAUCCACACAGACCUUAUCUUCAGAGGAAGGGGACACUGAGGGAGAGGAGGAGAGUUCAAAGGAAGAAUCUCCAUUUUAUGAAGAGGAAGAGUAUCUGGAGGAGAAUGAGUAUAUGGAGGAACAAAAGUGCCUUAUAGGAGAAUCGUACCUUUAUGAACAAGAAUAUCUGGAGGAGAAAAAGUGUCUGCAGCAGGAAAAGAGUCUGGAAGAAAAAAAUUAUUUGUAUGAAGAAGAAUAUCUGGAAAGGGGUGAGUAUAUAGAGGAGGUGACCACCUUCUUCACUAUCUCUCCUCCCAUCUUUGAACCUGCUAGCAAGUCUCCUUAUUAUGUCACGAAGCCUUCUACAUCCUUCAUGAAGGAUGAUGGAGAAUCUCUGUCCUGGCAGGACCAGGGCACACAGACGGAAUACAUCUAUGAGACCAAGGGACCUUCAAAAUUAAAACUAAAAACAGAGCAAGAAGGCUCAACAAUACUAUCCACCUUGAAGUCAGGUUCAGAAGCAAUGAAGUUUGUCUCUCAAAGGAACUUUUGGGAUGAUACAUUAAAUGAGCCCAUAGACACACUGGAAGUUGAAGACUUCAAUGACAAUCUUUUUAAGAGCUCGUAUGACUCAGUGUUUAGGACCAUGAUCAAAGAAAUGGCUGCUCACAAUGAACUGGAAGAGGAUAUUUACAUUCCCCUGACUGGCCAUCUGGAGAGUGAAACCAGAAGGAAACUGGCAAUUCUGAUGAAGACAAAUUUUGAAGAGUACAAGGAAAAAAUUCAAUGGAUUAUGAAGAAACGUGAAAACUUACUCAAUCCCAAGAUUACAGAGACAUAUACUUACUCAUUGUGUUUAUGGAACCAAUCAUCACAAAUCAAGGAGUCUGAGAUAGAAGAAGCCAAAAAACCUCAUCAUAUUGUUCAUAAUAAGAAGAAAUUAGAAGUAGAUACAGAGUGGACAAAGAGCAAUGUUAAGGUACCUCAAGGUGAUGUAAAAGUAAUUCUCUACCCCAAUGAGAGGAUAUUCCAAAUUCUCUUUCCUGAUGGAUCAGGCCAGAUACAUUAUCCAUCAGGAAACCUGGCUAUGCUUAUCCUCAGUACGAAAGAGAGUGAGUUCACAUAUAUCAUUCUGGAAGACAGUGAAGAAAUGUGUGUUCAGGCACUUAUCAAUAACUCUGGCCAUGCCACCUUCUAUGAUGAAAACAGAGAAAUCUGGUUGAACCUGAGCCAAAACCUGGGCUACUAUUUUGCCAAAGGCAAACCACAGAAGGCCUGGAACUGGUGGAAUCUGAACCUCCAUGUCCACGCGCCCCCUCUCCAGUCUAUCUCCUUAAAUAUCAACCAGUACAUCAAGGUACAAAUCAGGAGCCAAGAUAAGAUCAUCUUCCACUUCAUCCACCAAACAAAGCACAUUCGCUUAAACCUGGGCACCAAGUACAAGUUCAUACUCCCAGAGAUGCUGAGUGAAAUGAAGACGAAAGCAAUCCUGGAGGUGGAAUUCAGUUCAACGGCUCGAAAAAUCCAGAUCCUUCUGGGGAAAAUGAGCAGGAUCUUGAAUUUCCUGACCAUCUGUGAUUUGGAAAACUUCUUAGAAGGCACCAAGAUCUUGCCAAUUGAUGAAGUCCCAACCUUCUUACCUGCCCUGGAUCUGCUGGACAACAUGGGUCUGAGGGGAACAUCUUCCCUCCCAGACUAA